UUUGUGACUACGUGUUAUUGUUACCUCUGUCACGGUACUCGAGAGGACGGCUGUCUUACGAGAUUACAAACCAACGAAGUCGCAGUUGCGGUAUGUUGACCAACGCAUGCCUGGUGUUACUCGCCCUUCUGCCUCUCGUGGCGCGGUCAAACGAAAUUAAACCCUGCCCUGGAGACACUAGAGGAGACAGGCGCUGCAAUCACGAUCCGACUCAUCGAGUUUGUGCCAAGAUAGGAGUUACAGGCACAUCUUUCUGGGAAUUUACAGGACAAAGAUCUUGGUGUGGCUCAGUGAGUAACUACGGUGAUCAAAAUGAUGGAAAGCUGAGAUGUCCUCCUGAGAAUCCAACUUGGUGCAUUUGUAAGUGGGCCACUGCAAAAUGGAUCAAAGGAGAGGGUUGCAAUGAAGUUAGUAUAGGCCACUUUUGA